GUAAGUGGUAGGCUGCCUCCCUCCCCCCCUGCCUCAAAGCCCAUCUCAUUUCUCUUGUUCUCUCCAGGGGAGUCGGUACAGUCGGUAAAGAGUAAAAGGGGCAGAGAGAGAGAGAGAGUAAAAAUACUAGUAGUGCUAGAGGAGAGGAGCAGUUAAACAGAUCUCUCCCUCCUUUCUCUUCUAAUUUAGAAAGAAGAAGAAGAGAAAACAAACAAACCAAAAAAAAAAAGAAAAAAAAGAAGGGAAGAUGUUUCUGCUGGAUUGGUUCUACGGCGUGUUGGCGUCGCUGGGUUUGUGGCAGAAGGAAGCCAAGAUCUUGUUUCUAGGCCUCGAUAACGCCGGCAAAACCACUCUUCUUCACAUGCUCAAAGACGAGAGGCUUGUGCAGCAUCAACCGACGCAGUAUCCUACGUCGGAGGAGCUCAGUAUUGGCAAAAUCAAGUUUAAAGCCUUUGAUUUGGGAGGCCAUCAGAUCGCUCGCCGUGUCUGGAAGGAUUACUAUGCUAAGGUUGAUGCAGUGGUAUACUUGGUGGAUGCUUAUGACAAAGAACGCUUUGCUGAAUCAAAGAAGGAAUUAGAUGCACUCCUGUCUGAUGAAGCCCUUGCUAAUGUCCCUUUCCUCAUUCUGGGUAACAAGAUUGACAUACCAUAUGCUGCCUCAGAGGAUGAGUUGCGUUACCACCUUGGGCUAACUGGUGUCACCACUGGCAAAGGGAAGGUAAAUCUUGGAGAUUCUAACGUCCGUCCUUUAGAGGUGUUUAUGUGCAGUAUCGUGCGUAAGAUGGGAUAUGGUGAUGGCUUCAAAUGGGUCUCUCAAUAUAUAAAGUAGGCUAAUCGUCAGCAAUAUGAUAGCUACAGUCUUACUCUCCUUGCUGAGGGGAAGCAGACUCAAUUUUAUCUGUUCACUGUCCCAAUUUAUUACGUCUCUAGUUGGCUUAGAUUUGUAUGGUUUGUACUUUCAGUUUGCGUCAAUUGGAGAAUUACGCAAUUCUUGAUGCCGUGUAAAAUUUACUUGUAGCCAGGACUGCCCAGCGUCUAGAUUUGUCACUAAAACAUUUUUCCCCAGCUGCCAAUCUGCUCUUUUAUUGUGGUUGAGAUAAAACUGAGGCAUAUCCUCUACAAUUCUCUGCUUGUAGGAAAUAAUACCAUGCUGAGUUGUGGACACCUUCUAAAUCCCA